AUGCAGAGUAAAGCUGAAACAAAGCCAAAUUCUAAUAAUGCGUAUCCCAUACUUUCUAAAUAAACUCCUAGAAACUCGAAGAAUAUUGUGCAUUUGCAGGGCAAUGAUGAACAGAUAUCUUAGCAGAAUUUACUUAAUAGCAUUGAAGAAAGAAAUACAGACUAGGUCAAGGUUAAGUAAUCUUUUCAUUAAAAACAAUUAAUGAGUAAAUAUCAACUAAAUUAAAGACAAUCUCUACCUACUAUGUCUGAAUUGGAUCAGCAAUCUCGAUAAGCAGGAUCUAAAUCUCAAUUGAAUAAGAUAAUCUUGAAGUAUGGCAAUUAAAACAAGUUUGAAAAUCCCAUUUUAACUGAGUUUGACAACUCAAUUGACACUCAAUUAGGAAAUGGAUUGGUAUAUUAGGAAAAUUUUUAGACUGACAGAGUAUAGGAAAGACUAAAAGUCGAGUCUAAAUUAGUAAUUAAUACCAAACAAAUUUCAGCCUAAUUAGAGAAAUGUUAAAUAUAGCAAUUCAAAAUUAAGCGUAACGUUUUGCAGAGUGCUGGUGUUGUUGGCAUUGAUGCCUCUAUUGAUUAGAAUUGCUAAAGCUCUAUUUAAAGUGAUUACAAUCAUUUAGCAGUAACAUAAGAUAAUCGCCAAAAGCCUUCAUUAGAUGCAGUAACAACCGGGAUCAACUAGAUUAGCACAAAAAGCUCUUUUAACGAGUAAGGCUAUGUUGAAUAAAUAAAAAAUCAAAGAAAUUUAAGUAUCAAGGCUCAAUUAAAACAAAUCAAAAAGCCAAAAAAGAACACUCAUGGAAUCUAUGCUGAUGAAUAUAACCUCAGAGAGAGAAGUGUCUAUGAUCCAUAAAGACAGUUUGAAAUUAGUCCAUAAGCAAGUGCCAUGAGAAACACAGUUCACGGAGCGGGAGGGUUUUUCGAGCAAAGGAAGUAAAAGAUCAAUAUAAGGUCUGGUUCAAACAAUCCGAAUGGCAUUGAAAAAUUUUAAGCUUAGCAAUACUCAAUUAAGAAGAAUACUAACAAACUUAGCCUCGAUAGUAAAAAUACUCAGCAUAUCUAUUAAUAAAAUCAGGCACCUUCAGGAUUACCAGCUUUGUCAAAGACAGGUGUUAAUUUUUUCAAUAAUGCCAAUGAUACAUAUUCUCCGAAUUUUGAGAAUGAAAGGAAGGCCAGCAAGAAUUCAUAGUUUUACUAGUCUCAGUAAUAAUAAUAAUUUGGCAUUUCUAGUAGAAAGGAAUAAAGGUCAAGCAUUUAUGGAAAUAUGCAUUAAAUUUAGAAACCUAGUCCACUUUCUAAUUUCUAAAAUGAAACAAGUCAAGUAGCUCCAAGUAGUAGUAUGAAUGGAUAUCAAACUUUCACUAAUUUUAUGUACAAUAAUCAAAAUCUCAUCAUAGAUAAGAAUAAUCCAAUCAAAGGAGUUAAUUUGCAUAGAAAUGACGUCCAAACUAGGUAGCACUAGGCUAACCCUAAUAGGAAAUACAAAAUAAGGUUUUAAAUAAAUACAAAGAAUGACGUGCAAAUUGACUAAAACAUGAUGCAAACUGACCAUAAGGAAAAUCUGAAUCUGCUAUUUUACGAUUUUAAUAAUGGAGCUAAAUAGGCUCAAACAAAAACUAAUAAUCACGAAUAAUAAGAGGCUAAUGACUAGUAAGAUGUAAAUCCUUAGGAAAUCAGUAAUGGGCAAUUUUACAAUAUAAUGAUGUCCAAUACUGGCAAUAAUUUCUAUUCAAGAUUCGGAGAUAGAUUGCCUACUCGAGAAGUAAAAUCAAGAAGAGCUAGAGUUAAUGUAGGAACAGCUAAGUCAAUUAACAGAGGAUUAUCUAUAGGUCCUACUAAAAAUUAUGACUCUAAUCUGAUCUAGAUAGAAGAAGGAAAGUAGGGUGGAAAGCAUGGUAAAGUAGCCAGCUAGUCACCAAGAGAUCUAAUUGGACAAGCUGGAAUAGCUAACAGUUAGAACAUAGUAAAUCAUAUAAACUCUCUAAGUAAAAAGUAGAGAUUUUAACAAUACUCUACUCCAAAAUAGAGCAACAAUAGUAUUGGUACAGUUCCAGGAAGUGGGGGCUAAAUUGUCAAAACUUAGAGUUCUCGUAAAAAUCAAAGACAUUAAAGCAAUUAGCCUCAAUAAGAGCAAUGGUACCAGAUUAAUAAUAGAGCAAUAGGUGAAUAAGAUGAGGACAGAUACCUAGAAAACGAAUCUGAUUUCUCAACAUAGGAUGCCAAAAAUUCAAAAAAUAAUUAACUUCUAAAUAAUGUAAGGGAUAGCGCUCUAGGCAUUGAUCAAAUGAAAUAAAGUAAAAUAAGAAAUAUUAAUGGAAGCAGUAGUAAGAGAAACAAAAUGUCGCCAAGCUAUCGUAGAUCUCAAUUAGAUAAUGUUAAAUACGAAUAAUAAUUUUGA